AUAUUCUCCCUACAUUGUUGUUCUUUUGAACGAUGUUUUUGGAGAACAAUAACAACACCACCCUCUUUCCAUAAUGUGGCAAUUUGGGGCGUGUCGCUAUAAAGCCUAAAUACCGUACGUUCCACGCUUUUGGUUUGUUCAAGGAGCAGGCUGCAGCUCCUCCCUCUUGAGUCUUUCUCCUCCCUCAAGUCAUCAGUCAAGCCUCUUGCAAAAUGUCCGGAGGUGGUUCAUUGAAUGAGACGCCAACAGGUUCCAGCCAGCCGGGGACUAUUGGCGUUACCAUGCAGCCGACCGAUCGCGAGUCCCUAAGUUUCCACCUUGGACGCGCGCUAAAGGUUGCAGAGUCCCGGCAGUAUAUUGAAGCGCACCUCUAUACUUUGUUCGGCACCAUGUUUGCCCCACUCACAUUCGUUUUCGAGAUAAAUUCUCCAAAAUACGGAAAUGGCGUCCUCACUUCUCCACAAAUCCCCAUACUACCCUACGAUCUCUCUCAAAUAAUGCCUGUUACCAGUAUAACCAGCUGCAUUCCUGAUAUUAUGUGGAUAUUGUACAAUUUCAUUACGGAACUCGGUGUUCCGGUUGCAGAACUGGUCCUCGCCUCUAUGGAGAUAAAACCAUUGAAGGGAGGGUUGGAAAAUUUACCUCCGAAAACUUCCAGUACUAAGAACAUUAUGCCAUUCACACCCCCUCAGACUAAGGAAUCAGGUUUCUCAACACCCAAAACGACACAAGAUUCAGAAGCGGCGGGCGGAUUUACUCCGUCCACCAAGGAUUCAAAGGCGCGCUUUGGCUCCAGCCCGAUGAUGGACGAAUCUGUUCCGUCCACGCCACCGGCCACCACACAAUCACCAGUGUGGUUUGGCUCCAGCCCGUUGACGGACGUUUCCGACCAAGAAGCCGCUCCAUUAACACCACCGACCCGGACCUCAGAGUCACUGGCAGUGUUUGGCUCCAGCCCAUUGACAGUAAUUGACGAUGAGGAUGAUCAUAUCACUGGCAUUCAGCGAAUCAUGCUUGAUUGGUCCAACAAGGCUUCAUGUUUACCAACAUUGAUAACUGAACUCUCCAAGGCUGUCUCUCAACUCUUUAAGCAGGCGACGUGCGUUUUUGCUUGUCACAAACUCCAGCAAGUGCUACACGUUUAUUUCAUUUGUGGCAUCUACUUCUCAAUGCUCAAGUUCCAACGGCCAAAACGCCUCGAUGUUAUCCUCAAGGAGCAUGGUAUUCACGUGGCAAAAAAGAAAAUCGUGGCCGAGGGACAAGUUGAAUACGACUCCGACAAGCUUACGGACGACAUUUUACUAGAAUUAUUCCCACCAAGCCCCGACAAUACUCCGCGUACGACUCGGAACCCACAUUUUGUAAUGUACCACCAACCAGUUUUCGAGGUCCCACUGAACAAGGACAAUCCACACCUGAGCAACGCCUGGCGGACCGGUCUAAAGCUAUCCCUAGUUGAGCAUGGGGUUGGAUUCCGUCAGGAAUCAAUUUUCUCCUUUCAAAUGACAGAUGCCCAGCCAGAUAUAGAUCGUUUGGAAGAAGGACAAGAAAUCAUUGAUGAAUGGUACAAGACUCGGACCCAUAACCGCGAGUUUUUUGAACCUUCAACCCCUCAUCAAAACGAUGAGGAUGCUUGGGGCACAAAUACCCCAAAGAAGGAGGAAGAACUGUCCCCGGCAUUUCAACUUCGCGGUCGCAAGCUUGCCGCAGUCGGCCAUAACUUCACGAUGCGGCUAAGAACGAAACGCGGCCAGCCUGAGGAUGACGACAUGCCACCACCGUCCCCCAGUCAGCACCGAAACGUACGCCGAAAGCACUAAGUAUCUUCAUACUACCAUCUUUAGGAGUUCCAAAUAC